ACACUCGUCUAACUCCUGUCAUUCUGUUACAUUUGAGCGUCUCCUUCAGUUCUCUCAGCUGCUUUCACCAUGACAACAUUUGACUUCUCUGAUGUGGAGGCGUUUUUGGAUUGCCACCCAGAUCUCUUCGAGGAGUAUCUGCUCCGAAAAGGGAAAUGUGAUACGGUUAGCAGGUGGUUGAAGGAGCAUCAGCCGUCGAAAGUGUCCACCUCCGAGGAGAAGCGCGGGGCUCCCAGGGACCCGCUGUGGCAGAGCAACCCAGACGGGCUCCGGCGCAGGUCGUCCCAUAUGGAGCUGCGGCGGAACUUUGCCCGGUCCAAAGCCACGACUGCACACAGGACCUACGACGAGCAUUUCAGCCUCAGUGAACACGAGUCUCAGUCCAGCAUGAGGCGCCGUGCGCUCUUGCGCAAAGCCAGCUCCCUGCCUCCGACCACCGCGCACAUCCUGAGCGCGCUGCUGGAGUCCAGGGUCAACGUGCCCCAGUACGCAUCGAGCGCCAUCGACUACAAAUACAGACUCAAGGAAACCAACGAGAGGGAGUUUUUCUUGGAGUUAGUCAAGGAUAUCUCCAAUGAUUUGGACCUGACAAACCUCAGCUAUAAGAUCCUUAUCAAUGUGUGUAUCCUGGUGGACGCGGACAGGUGCUCACUAUUCCUAGUGGAGGGACCUGCGCACAAGAGGACAUUGGUGUCCAAGUUCUUCGAUGUGCACUCAGGCACCACGGUCCGACCAUCCUCAAGCACCCUGAACUCCAACGAAGUGCAGGUGCCAUGGGGGAAGGGUAUAAUUGGAUAUGUGGCCGAGCAUGGAGAGACUGUAAAUAUCCCAAACGCAUAUGAGGAUCAUCGCUUCAGUGAUGAGAUAGACAAGCUGACAGGCUAUAAGACCCAGUCCAUCCUUUGUAUGGCCAUCUGUAACAGUGAUGGCGAGGUGAUAGGUGUUGUACAAGCAAUCAACAAAAACCCAAUGGGCACUCCCUUCACUGAGGACGACGAGAAGGUGCUGCAGAUGUAUCUACCAUUCUGUGGAAUAUCAAUCUCCAACGCCAAGCUGUUUUCCGAGUCUCGCAAGGAGUAUGAGAGGAGCAGGGCUCUGCUGGAGGUGGUGAACGACCUGUUUGAGGAGCAGACUGACCUGGAGAAGAUUGUGAGGAAGAUCAUGCAGCGAGCCCUUACCCUCCUGCAGUGUGAGCGCUGCUCUGUGCUGCUCCUGGAAGACAUCCACUCACCUGUUGUGAAAUUCUCCAAGACAUUUGAGCUCAUGUCUCCUUUGUGCAACAUGGACCGUGACAUCAGCAUGGAGAAGCUGUCCUGCUCUGAUUGGCUGAUCAAUAACAGCAUUGCUGAGCUGGUGGCUUCCACAGGACUGCCCGUUAACAUCAGUGAUGUCUGCCAGGACCCGCGCUUUGAUGCUGAGGCGGAUCAAGCCUCAGGGUUUCACAUCAGAUCAGUGUUAUGUGUGCCUAUCUGGAAUCGAACUCAUCAGAUAAUUGGAGUUGCACAAAUUCUCAAUCGCCUGGAUAGGAAAACCUUUAACGAUGCAGAUCAGAGACUGUUUGAGGCAUUUGUGAUAUUCUGUGGGCUUGGAAUCAACAACACCAUGAUGUACAAUCAAGUUAAGAAGACUUGGGCCAAGCAGUCCGUAGCACUGGAUAUGCUGUCCUAUCAUGCUACCUGCUCCAAGGUAGAAGUUGACAGACUUAAGGCAGCCAAGAUCCCCCUGAGCAGUGAGCUAGGCAUCGACGAGUUUCACUUCAACGACUUCUCUCUGGACAAUGACGCCAUGAUCACCGCUUCUCUCCGGAUGUUUCUGGAACUUGGUGUCGUCCAAAAGUUUAAAAUUGACUAUGAGGUUUUGUGCCGCUGGCUUCUGACUGUGAGGAAGAACUAUCGAACUGUGGCGUAUCACAACUGGAGACAUGCCUUCAAUGUGUCCCAGUGCAUGUUUGUCAUGAUCAAAACAGCCGGCUUCCAGGCGAUCCUGUCGGAUGCAGAGAUUCUGGCAUUGAUGGUCGGCUGCCUGUGUCAUGACUUGGACCACCGAGGCACCAACAACGCAUUUCAGGCCAAGACAGGCUCUGCUCUGGCACUGCUCUACGGGACAUCAGCCACCCUGGAGCAUCAUCACUUCAACCACGCAGUCAUGAUCCUACAAAGUGAGGGUCACAAUAUCUUUGCCAACCUCUGCUCUAAAGAGUACAGCAACAUGAUGCAACUAUUGAAGCAGGCCAUUCUCUCCACAGACCUCACACUGCACUUUCAGCGCAGGACGAAGUUCUUUGAAUGCGUUUUGUCUGGGGAAUUCAGCUGGACAGAUGAAGGACACAGAGAGGUUCUCAGGUCCAUGCUGAUGACAGCGUGUGAUUUGGGUGCAGUCACUCGUCCGUGGAAGAUAUCCAAACAGGUUGCAGAGCUGGUGACCAGUGAGUUCUUUGAGCAAGGUGACAGGGAGAGAUCUGAGCUGAAGCUGACUCCAGCAGCCAUAUUUGACCGUAAUCGCAAGGAUGAAUUACCUGCCCUGCAGCUGGAGUGGAUUGAUGGGAUCUGUAAACCCCUUUACCAGGCAUUGGUGAAACUUAACAGAAAGUUGCAGCCAAUGGUUGAUGAGAUAGAUGCCAACCGAAGGAAAUGGCAGGAGCUCUGCUCGUCCUAUCAGCAGACACGCAGAGCCUCAGUAUCCACUCAGGACCCUGAAGCAGGACAAAGUCAAGACUCAAGAGAAGAUAUACCAACCAAUCAACACCCAGAGACCACAGAGAGCCUGAAGUCUGAUGAGAAUAUCAAGAAUGGGUCAAAACCUAAGGACAAUGGAGAUCUGAGGGGCGGUUCUUACACCGAUUCCUGUCAUGGUAAAGUGUCUGCCAGCAACAUGACCUCUGGACAGCUGCUGGAGGAGCAAGAGUGA